UAGUUUUUUUUUGCAGUAUAUAACUGGUAAAGCUUUUAUAAUAAUGAUGAUAAUAAUAAUAACAACUGUCAAAUAACUAAAGAAGGAUAAGAAUUUUGGAAAUGUUAGCAAAAAAGAUAUUUUUCGUUUUGGGGUUACCGCUUUUGGGUUCAUUGGCGGCUGCUGAGGAACUCGACCGGUUUGUGUACGAAGCAAAACUUUUAGAAAAGAUGAUUCGUAUGGAAACGAAGAUGGAGCGAAUGGGUGAAGAAUUGAAGGCGACGCAGACGAACGUGCACACGUUCAUACAGAAUCAAACGAGGAUAUUAGAAAACAAGACUGCUGAAUUGGAGCUUUUAGAAGAGAGAGUUGACAAGCCAAUGGUUGCUUUCAGUGCAUAUAGCCCCGUGGACAAAAGUUUAGACUCUAGUCAGAUCCUGGUGCUACAAACUGUGCCCUUGAACGAAGGUAAUGGAUACGACAACGUCAUUGGGGUUUUCACUGCACCGGUAACAGGGCUCUACUACUUUGUGGUACAUGCCUGUAACUAUGCAGGCCGGGGCUUCUACUAUGACAUCAUCCUUGAACACAACCCGGUAGCCAGGAGCACACAAUAUAACAAUGUGAAUCACGACUGCAAUUCUGUUAGUGCUGUUACCAUGGUUACAGCUGGUCAACGUGUCUGGGUAAAAAGCACAAGUGGCAAUAGCAGUCCACAGCUGUACGAAAAUUCCUACAGACGGACAACAUUUGCAGGUUUCCUUUUGCAAAAAUGAAUUGCAAAAUAGUGAAAUCCAUGAAAACAAACCUGAAACAGGACUUUUAAUACGUUUGCACUUUAUGGCAUUGUUUUCUUUUUCUUAUUAUUAUCGAUGUUGUAUUGCUUACAUUAAAGUAUUUGCUCAAUUA